UGGACGCAGGAGGCAGCAACACAACCGAGAGAAGUCUUCUGUUUGAGCUUGUUCCAGUCAACUGAAGGAAGAUGAGACUUUAUCUUCUGUCCUGUGUCUUUUGCCUUCUGGUUGCUAAAGCUUCCAGUCAGCCUUCGUAUUUGAACUGCAACAAUGAUGAUGAGGAAGGAAGUGGUACUAACUGUGUGGACAUCAAGGCAUUGCAGGAACGCCUUGCCAAGCUGGAGCUGGCUAUAAACUAUCCAUUUGUCCGGAGGGUUGGGCAGAAAUACUUUGUGUCCAACAAGAAAAGGGACCGAUUUCAGACGGCCGUGGAGUUCUGCUCCCAGCGAGGUUUGGAGCUGGCCUUGCCCCAGAACCAGGAGGAGAACAGCGCGCUCACUGAGGUGUUUGGAGAUGCGUUCAAAACAGUCUGGAUCAACGUCAACCAGAAGAAGGCAGAGGGCAAUUUUGAAGUCGAUAUGAACAAUCGAACUCUGAUCUUUACCAAAUGGGGACGAGGGCAGCCAGACACGUCCAUCCGAGAUACUGGCUGCACCAUGGUGGGGGAAAAUGGGCUCUGGAAUGUGACCCAGGAAUGUUUCCUGAAUGCCUUCGUAGUUUGUCAAUUGUAAGAACCUAAGACUCUCUUGGGUUUUUUUGGGGGGCUUUUCCCAUGUUUCCUUUAAACAUUUGAUUGUUUGUAUCGUUGAAUACAUCUCUUCAACCUGAAGCAGCAGCAGCAGAGCAACCUUUAAUGCUGAUUAGCAGUCCUCUUUAAAUAAACUAACUAAAUGUGCAAUGCAAUGCUUUAUUGUCCGCUUGAUUUGUGGCAACCGCUUCAACAAGUUUGUUUUUUUUUUG